AUGGCAGGCGACCUGUCCCUAGAAUUUGGAAACUCGGAUUUCUCGCACAUCCCCUCACCGACUCAGAAACAUUUCCAACGGCCUAUUGAAGACGAACCGAUCGACCCCCUUUUCGAUUUCUACUCUGAGUCUAACUUGCUAUACACAGGUCUCGUGGUGGUUUGUGUAACCUUGCUAUCUGCAACAGUUAAUGGAGAUUUCUACGCAAGGAAACUGCAGGUACUAGUAAACUGUCCAUUACUACUCACCUUAAAAUAAAAGUGUCUGCUGAAAAAUACUGACGCCUCAUCUCGUGAUAAAUGUGGUUUGAGGAGUUGAUUUGCGAGAAGAUGGUAAACGAAAGCACAAUAAUGAAAUGUUUACCGAAGUGUCCAGACUGCUAGUUGGUGGAAGAGGCAGGCCGCAGUGAAAAGUUUGUCCAGUGUUAGGAACACCACGUACGCAUAUUCUCUGCCCGGUCGAGCGAUGCCCUGUAUCUAAACUUAGUUGCGAGAUAGAUUAACAUUCGAUUAGGGACGUGAAAUCGUAGCUCAACUUCUUUAAUUUAUGAACGGCAUGGAUAACAGGUAUCGCCUAGAUGCAAGAGAAUUUGCUGCAAAAGUUACUUUGCGACAGUUCAAGUAAAAUGAAGCACGAGUUCUCACCAGAACGCGCAUAGGCUGAAAUUAAUGCAGGCAUAUUACGUUUGGUAGUCUCGAGUUAAACUGACCAGCAACCUAACAGUCUUGGUCGGCUACUAUCCGUCUUCAGAAGCAAGCGUAGUAAUUCAUACGAAACGUCUGGGAACUACUUCGGCUACUCAUUGAACAAUCCGUUUCUUCUUUUUCCUAUUCUUCAUUAGAUGUUUUACAUGUACACUUGAGAAAUUAGGAUUUAACAGCAAGCUUGUUUUAUGCCUGAUGUCGCCUCCGUUGGUAACAUCUGCUCCUUUUAAUCAGUGACUGUCAUAACUUGUCUAACACCAACUGCUAUUGUCAAUGGCCAACGACUUACAUGAGGCGUAAUUAAAGACCAUGCAGAAAAUACGCUUAUUCAAAUGGACGGAGGUUUAAAUCGAAGGAGCUAGUCGGAGUCGACAUCGAAUGUGCUAUUUCAAAGGCCGUAAAAGGAAUGCAUGAUGAAAGAUCGUCGGCGGCGAUAGCAGAAGGCCAAAAAUAAUUGAGUUUACUUACAAAUAUAGAAGGCAAAAAAGGAGGAGUGCAUCAACGAACUGAACGAAUUUAAUGGACGUGACCGCUCAUCGAAGAAGGAUUCAGGGGCAGAAAAUACGUGGAUUGGCAACUGACAAGAGACUGUCUUCUUUUCAAAAUUUCCCACGCUGAUUGGUUGGCACUCCGUGAAUUCAAAGGGCGUUUCCUUGAGUGUGUGAUGACUGGGUUAGCUGGGAAACGUGUAAGUCAUCAGGAAAUUUGACUCGGAAACCAGAAAAACCGUGGUAAAUGGUGAGACAGGAAAGGAACUCACAUAUGUUUGUGGCCGUGCCAAUACCAUGAGCUUUACAACAAAUAACAACCCGACGGGAAAAGCGUUCAGUUCAGUUCAGCCUAUAUGUUCUUGAGGAAAGUAGGCGUGAACCGUUAAGUACCCCCAUUUGCAACGUAAAGUGGAGGCGGUCUAAACAUAAACUAUUAUGGGACGAGGGUCUUAGGGGAUAGGCUAGCGUCUGUCAGACAAGCGCAUAAAUGCAGGUCAAUGCACAGCCGGUAAGCAGCAGACUUGGAUACGAAGGUCUGAUGAUGUUGCUACUUCUGCUGCUGCUGCUGCUGCUGCUGAUGAUGAUGAUGAUGAUGAUGAGUCGGCUGACGAAAACCGGCAAUUCAUAAAUGUGUGGUGAUUAAGCCAUCAUUUUGUAUGUGGCGAUGGCCGUCAACGAAUCAUAGGGACAGAAUGAAAACACAGGUGGUGGUGGUGGUGGUGAUGGUGGUGGUGGUGGUGGUGGUGGUGGUGGUGGUGGUGGUGGUGGUGGCUCUGGUAGUGGUGGCUUUGGUGGUUGUGUUGGUGGUGACAACGACGAUAACGACGCCAAUGAUGAUGAUGAUGAUGACGAUAAUGAAUACGUUGAUGAAGACCGACAGUUCAUGUUAGGGUGGUGA